CGCGGAGCGGAGCCGGGACACAGGCGGCCGUGGCCGAGGCGGCCAUGAGCGGCGGCGGCGGAGGCGGCGGCGAUGCUGCUCAAGCUCCUGCAGAGGCAGACCUACACCUGCCUGUCGCACAGGUACGGCCUUUACCUGUGCUUCGGGGGCGUCGUCCUGAUGAUCGUCUCCGCCUUCCAGUUUGGAGAGGUUGUUCUGGAAUGGAGCCGGGACCAAUAUCAUGUUCUAUUUGAUUCAUAUAGAGAUAACAUUGCUGGAAAGUCUUUUCAGAAUAGGCUCUGUUUGCCCAUGCCUAUUGAUGUGGUCUAUACCUGGGUAAAUGGCACUGAUGUUGAACUGCUUAAAGAACUGCGGCAGGUGAGAGAACAGAUGGAAGAAGAGCAGAAAGCAAUGAGAGAAAUUCUUGGGAAGAACUCCACAGAACCCACAAAGAAAAGUGAGAAGCAGUUAGAAUGUUUGCUAACACACUGCAUCAAAGUACCAAUGCUCAUACUUGACCCCGCCCUGCCUGUCAACAUCAGCCUGAAGGAGUUGCCAUCCAUUUAUCCUUCUUUGCAGUCUGCUAGUGAGAUAUUCUAUGUUGCAAAACCCAAAAAUCCAUCAACUAAUGUUUCCGUCGUCGUUUUUGACAGUCAGAAGGAAGUUGAAGAUGCCCAGGCUGGAAUGUCAAAAGCAGUCAGCAAACAGUCCGUGUGGAGAGCCUACCUGACAACAGAUAAAGAAGUCCCUGGCCUGGUGCUCAUGCGUGACUUGGCUUUCCUCAGUGGAUUUCCACCGACAUUCAAGGAAACUGAACAGCUGAGAGCAAAGCUUCCAGAAAACCUAGCCUCCAAAAUAACACUGUUGCAGUUGUAUUCAGAAGCCAGCGUGGCUCUUCUCAAAUUGAAUAACCCCAGAGGUUUCCAGGAAUUGAAUAAGCAAGCUAAGAAGAACAUGACCAUUGAGGGAAAAGAGCUGACUCUCAGUCCUGCCUAUUUGUUAUGGGAUCUCAGUGCCAUCAGUCAGUCCAAACAGGAUGAAGAUAUCUCUGCCAGUCGUUUUGAAGAUAACGAAGAGCUGAGAUACUCUCUGAGGUCCGUAGAGAAGCACGCUCCCUGGGUGAGAAAUAUCUUCAUCGUAACCAAUGGGCAGAUUCCUUCCUGGCUGAAUCUUGAUAACCCUCGGAUUACUAUAGUAACACAUCAGGAGGUGUUUCGGAAUUUAAGUCACUUGCCUACUUUUAGCUCCCCUGCUAUUGAAAGUCACAUCCAUCGGAUUGAAGGGCUGUCGCAGAAAUUUAUUUACUUAAAUGAUGAUGUGAUGUUUGGGAAGGAUGUCUGGCCAGAUGAUUUUUACAGUCACUCCAAAGGUCAGAAGGUUUAUUUGACUUGGCCUGUUCCCAACUGUGCUGAGGGCUGCCCUGGUUCCUGGAUUAAAGAUGGUUACUGUGAUAAGGCUUGUAAUAACUCUGCAUGUGAUUGGGAUGGAGGAGACUGCAUUGGGAACAGUGGCAGCAGUCGAUAUCCUGCUGGAGGAGGUGGCCACGGCGGCGGGGCGGUUGGACCUCCAUGGCACUUUGGUGGUGGAAUUAGUGGUAUCUCUUACUGUAACCAAGGAUGUGCUAAUUCUUGGCUUGCCGAUAAGUUCUGUGAUCAGGCAUGCAAUGUGUUGUCUUGUGGAUUUGACGCUGGUGAUUGUGGACAAGAUCAUUUUGAUGAAUUAUACAAGGUGACUCUCAUUGCGAACCAGACUCACUACAUUAUCCCCAAGGGCGAAUGUCUCCCCUAUUUCAGCUUUGCUGAGAUAGCCAAAAGAGGAAUUGAGGGUGCCUACAGUGACAGUCCAGUCAUCCGCCAUGCCUCUGUGGCCAACAAGUGGAAGACCAUCCACCUCAUCCUGCACAGUGGCAUGAAUGCCACCGUUAUACAUUUCAACCUCACAUUUCAAAAUCAAAACAACCAGGAGUUCAAAAUGCAGAUCACGGUGGAAGUAGACACUAGGGAGGAGCCGAAGUCCAAUGUUACCACCCAGAAGCCUCGUUCCAGUUUGGCUAGUCCUAUUACACCUCUGCCAGAGGCAGAAAUCCUAUUUGAAGAUGUUCCAGAAGAAAAACGCUUCCCAAAGUACAAGAAACAUGCAGAGGAUGUUCAGGAAACUAUAAAAAUGCCCCUUGUAAAUAUUUCUGAACUCCCCAAAGAAGUUCAAUUGAGUCUGAAGAAGCUGGAUGUAAAGCUGGAGGCUGGGGACAUUACUCUGAAGGGAUAUAACCUGUCCAAGUCGGCCCUGUUGAGACCGUUUCUGAAAGGGGCCACUCAAGUCAUCGAAGUGACACUUGUAAAAAGGGAAAAGGACAGGAGUCUGCAAGCCCCAGUGAAAAGCGACCUCCCCAAAGAGAAUUCAGAAAAUGCCCACAAUGCAAAGGGAACGGGCCUCGUAGCUGCAGGGGCUGGCAGGGUGGCUGAGGGGCUUCGGGGUCACAUGCUACCCGAGGACCGGGCCCAAGCUGCUUCGGCCGCUCAGAAAGUGGAAGGCCGUGCCGGCUUGAGAGGAACGGCCUCUGUCCAGGACAAGGAGCUCGUGGGGAAGGCCAGGGAGGGAGGAGGAGGAGGCUCACAGGAAGCUCAUGCUGCUGACGCUGAAACAGGCCAUGGUGCAGGAGUACCUGGAAGGAAGCUUCAGGAAUAUGCUGGGAGCUAUGCGGGCUUCUUGCCUUGGGAAAAAAGGAAGUAUUUCCAAGAUCUUCUGGAGGAAGAAGAAUCACUAAAGAAACAGUUGUCGUACUUUACAGAAAGCAAAUAUGUUGGAAGACAACUCAAAGAUACAUUUGCCGAUUCUCUCCGAUAUGUAAAUAAAAUUCUAAAUAGCAAGUUUGGAUUUACAUCUCGGAAAGUUCCUGCCCAUAUGCCUCAUAUGAUUGACCGCAUUGUUAUGCAAGAACUGCAGGAUAUGUUUCCUGAAGAAUUUGAUAAGACUUCAGUUCACAAAGUGCGCCAUUCCGAAGACAUGCAGUUUGCCUUUUCCUACUUCUACUAUCUCAUGAGUGCACUGCAACCACUGAACAUUGCUCAAGUUUUUGAUGAAGUUGAUACUGACCACUCUGGCAUCUUGUCAGACAGGGAGAUUCGAACAUUAGCUACGAGGAUUCAUGACCUGCCUUUAAGCUUGCAGGAUUUGACAGGCCUGGAGCACAUGUUAAUAAAUUGUUCUAAAAUGCUCCCUACUAACGUCACUCUGAUAAACAACAUCCCUCCAACCCAGGAAGCUUACUAUGACCCUAACCUGGUAUCAAGAACAUAUUUGUAUCAUAGAAGGAAUUUGGACUUCUUUGGAUGCAUUUCAAAAGUUUUGCCACCAGUGACUAAAAGUCUAGUAACCAACUGUAAACCAGUAACUGAUAAAAUCCAUAAAGCAUAUAAAGACAAAAACAAAUAUAGGUUUGAAAUCAUGGGAGAAGAGGAAAUUGCUUUCAAAAUGAUUCGCACCAAUGUUUCUCAUGUGGUUGGCCAAUUAGAUGACAUAAGAAAAAAUCCCAGAAAAUUUGUCUGCCUGAAUGACAAUAUUGAUCACAAUCAUAAAGAUGCACAGACAGUAAAAGCAGUGCUAAGAGAUUUUUAUGAGUCCAUGUUUCCCCAGCCAUCCCAGUUUGAGCUACCACGAGAAUAUCGGAAUCGUUUCCUUCAUAUGCAUGAGCUCCAGGAAUGGAGGGCAUAUAGAGAUAAAUUAAAAUUUUGGACCCAUUGUGUACUUGUAACAUUGAUCAUGUUUACUGUAUUCUCAUUUUUUGCUGAGCAGCUAAUUGCUCUCAAACGGAAGAUUUUUCCCAGAAGGAGGAUCCACAAAGAAGUUGGUAACGAACGUAUCGGGGUAUAAGAGGUGACACAAGAGCCGCCGUCGUGUUCACUCGAUGAGAAGAGUUUCUUUGUAAUGUGAUGUGAUGCAUCAAGGUCCAGGCCUGACAAAUGAAGAGUAACAUCCCGGAAGAUGACAAACUGUGGACACAAAGUGGAGACGCAGACCAGCCAAGUUGUUUAAUGGACACACUGAGAGAUACUGGUUGUGUUGGGCGACCCUCUGCUGGAAUUUCACUUUGGAAGCAUUAGCUCAUGGACAUGUUAUCCUUUUUAUAAAAAGGGUUACUGAAAGAGAGACAGCUGCCUUUAUCGCAGUGCACGUUGCCAAGUCAAUUUAAUAUCGGAAUCCCAGGCCAAGGAGCAAGUAGUUACUAAGUGGCUGCCCCCAGCCUUGGUAUUCCAAAGCAUUCUGCUGUUCUUUUGCUGGGAUGCUUUUUUCAUUUUCCGUUUUAAAAUAAGUAACAACCAAAUUAACUCUUUUAGGUGUUCUUGUGUCUGAACUGUGAUGCUGAAACCUAUUGGUGAAUGUAUUUUUUAAACACAGUCUCAUAUUGGUAGGAUCAAAAAAAAAAAACGUUUGGAUUUGAAGAAAGUUAGUGUGAUUUGGCCUUGGAAGAUCCUCAGCAACUGACAUCUGAAAUCCGUUGGCCUGCACCCCCUGGGAAUGCAAGGAUUGGGUUUGGAGGCCUUUGCCCAAAGGGCUAUUGACCAAGCCUGCUGGUGUUGUGGAAACAGUGUAAAACCCACAAACAAAAGUGCCUCACUGUAGAAAUUAGUGAUACUGUCCUUUAACACAGUAGCAGGUAGUACCAAGGGCCACAUAUUGAGCAUCUUUCUAAGUUUGGGCAUGCUCUCACACAGCAUCAUGUUAUGACCUCGAUAGAGCUAUAGAAGACUUGGGGAGGAAAAGCUUUUCAAGUUGACAUUUCUGACAUGUACUUUAAAUCACAGUCACAGCAGUAUUCUUUCAAAAAUACUAAUCAUUUUGUAAUAAUUGUAUAAUUUGGAAUGUACAGAAUAUGUUUGUGCUAUCACUGUGUGGUUAAAAGGCUCACUUGAAAAAAAGUCACUUGUCUGAUGCUUUUCGCCCUUACAUUUUAAACAGAAACUUUAUAAAGUUUUUCUAAACUAGUUCAUUGUCACUGAAUAUUCAGCACUAUUUAAACAAAUGUAUUUAUCAAAAGGAGAGAAGAUGCUCAUGAGGAGUGGGAGGAGAGAUCGUUCUGUUCUAGAAGAGAAAUGCUAGUCAAGAUUUCUGGGGAAAGAAUAGUUUUCAUUUACAUGCUUUUACAUAAAUACUUACAGGUUUUCUGCCAGUUAGCAAGUAUUUAUGUAUAUAUGUGUAAUAAAAAAAAAAUCAAAAACACGCACAUACAUUUUAGAUUCUAACUUCUGUUUUAGACUUAAUACUUAUUUAACAUUCAUUGUUUUUCUCCCUCCUUUCAGUCCUCCCAUAACAUCUUCCACACCCCUAUUCAGAAGGCAAGCAAUAGGAUAGCCAUUAUGUGUGCGAAGUCAUGCCAAACAUAUUGCCAUAUUAGCCAUGUCAACAAGUGUAUCUUAAGUAUAUCUACUGUUCUCCAGGUAUUGUACUGGGCUCUGGAAAUACAAGCACAAUGAAAUAUCCCUAGUGGCAAGAGGUUUGAUAAUAUCCUAAUUUAAGUAACUUAGCACAUACAUUAAAAACUCCCAUUUUACAGAUUUGGAAGCCAACCUUUAACUUUUGCUCAAGUUUAUACAUCUGAUAAAUAGAAGAACUAGUAUUUGAACUCUAGUUGCUGUAACUUAAUGUUCUUUCAGCUCUAGGAGCCUCUCUAGUUUAUGCAUAAAUAGAGGCAUAGUAGAAAUUUGAUAUAAUGGUUAAUAAUAAAUUAUAAUCAUUUGUGUUGGAAAAUGCUGUGGGAGAAGAAGUCUGACUCAGGAAUAGAGGUCUGAACUAGAAAUUAUCAGCAUUUUCUUUUACUUUUGUAGAUAGUUGGGAGGAGAGGAGCUUGAGAGUAUUUUGGUUUGGUUUUCUACCACACCAUUCUCAGUAUCCCCCAUAACUCCCUAGACUUUUGGGUUUUAAAACUAGAAGCUCUUCUUGUAGAUAUACUUGCUUGGUUCUUUACUGAAUUUGCAUAUCAAGAUAAAUAUGUGGAUUCAAAAUUCAUAAUAAUUGAAACAGAACUGAAUGGGUUUUACUUUGUACCCAAUUGUAUUUAAAGAAAGGUUCAACUGAACUGAUUACUGUUUGAUCAAGAUUGCAAGGAAACUAAAUCUCUACAUCAAAGCACUUUGAAAAUACUGAUUCUCAAGAAGCUUUACUCAGUAGCACUUGACUAGUUUAGUUAUAAAUGUUCAAAUGGCAUUUUUUUUUAACAUUUAUAGUUUAAACAUUCCACUAACUCAGAUCCCCAGAAACUUGAAAUCAUCAAAAGAAAUUUUACUCCCCAAUAUAUGAAACUACAGUGUAGAUUAUGUCCCUCAUGUUUGAAAACAGUAUUUCUGACUCUUAUCAAGAUGUAUUCCUAAAAGAUCAUUUAGUCCUUGUUCUCUGCUAUACCCUUUCCACGUUAAAGGUUGAUUUGAUGCUUGUUGAAAUAGAGCCAUCCUAUGUAUUUAAAUUCCUCUGUGCCAGAUGGAGGCAUAAUCUGGGGCAAUUCCCUGCCAUUUGCCAGUAAUGCUGACAAAGACUAUCUCUAUAGUCUCAAAUCAGGAUUCAUUUUCCUGCCCUUGGUUGCUUGUGGCAGCUUGAUUAGGCACCUAUUGCAAAAAGUAUUAUUUCUAUGUUUCUCUCUUGGCUACCUUGUGAAGCCAUCUAUGACGUUCCAGCCUGGUCCUAAAUCCCAGUCCUAGGAUCAUAAAAUAAAGCAGCACUGCCAGCUGCUCUCCAGGCCUAUAGUUGGAUGUUUGAUGUUCACUUGAGGUACCAUACUUGAUAGCUUUCAGAAAGACAGAAUGAACAAGGUCCUUACAUUUUUUAUUUCCUUUUUUUUUUUUUAAUUGGUAUAUUUGUUUCCCAUGGUCAUGGUGGAUAGAAUGUUGGAUAUGGAGUUAGAAAGAUUUCACUUUGAAUCCUGCCUCUAAUUAGGCUGUGUGAUCCUAAGCUAACUGCUUUAUCUCUUAGCCUCAAUUUCCUUGUUUGUAAAUAAGGAUAAUAAUAGCCCCUCUUCCCAGAAUUAGUGAAAAUGAGAUUUUUUUUCUAUGUGAUGGAUCAGUUGUUCUAUUUUAUUUCUUUAAAAAAAUAAUUGGUCUGUUUCUUUUUUUAAUGAUUUAAUAGUAUUUUAUUUUUUUCCAAAUACAUAUAGUUUUCAGCAUUCAUUUUUGUAAACUUUUGUGUUCCAAAUUUUUCUCCCUCUCUUUCUUAGUUCCUCCCCAAGAUGGUAAGCAAUCAGAUAUAGGUUAAAUGUGUGCAAUUCUUUUGAACAUAUUUCCUUGUCAUGUACAAGGAAAAUCAGAUCACAAGGGAAAAAAGACAAUAAAAAAGAUGAUAACACUAUAUGCUUUGAUCCAUA